UGAUCCGCGGCGGGGGUCGCAGCUCUCAGCGACUCUGUGGUUCCGGCUCCUCCCCCUCCUCGCCGCGCCUAGGCUGGCUCAUCAUGGUGCUGGAGUCGGUGGUCGCGGACCUCCUGAACCGCUUCCUGGGGAACUAUGUGGAGAACCUGAACAAGUCCCAGCUGAAGCUGGGCAUCUGGGGCGGUAAUGUGGCUUUAGAUAAUCUACAGAUAAAAGAAAAUGCUCUGAGUGAAUUAGAUGUUCCUUUUAAAGUCAAGGCUGGCCAAAUUGAUAAAUUAACUUUGAAGAUUCCUUGGAAAAACCUUUAUGGAGAAGCAGUUGUUGCUACCCUGGAGGGAUUAUACCUGCUUAUUGUCCCUGGAGCAAGUAUUGAAUAUGAUGCUGAGAAAGAAGAAAAAUCCUUGCAAGAUACUAAACAGAAAGAGCUUUCUCGAAUUGAAGAUGCCCUUCAAAAAGCAGCAGAGAAAGGUGCACAUUCAGGGGAGUUCAUAUAUGGCUUGGAAAACUUUGUCUACAAGGACAUCAAGCCUGAUAAGCCAAAAGAAGCCAGAAAGGAUACAUUUUUGGAAAAAUUGGCAACUCAAGUAAUAAAAAAUGUACAAGUAAAAAUUACAGACAUUCACAUUAAAUAUGAAGAUGAUGUGACUGAUGUAGCGAGACCUCUUUCAUUUGGUGUCACAUUGGGAGAAUUUAGUUUAUUGACUACAAAUGAACACUGGACUCCCUGCAUAUUAAAUGAAGCAGAAAAAAUUAUAUACAAGCUGAUCAGACUUGACAGUCUUAGUGCCUACUGGAAUGUAAACUGCUGUAUGUCUUACCGUGGAUCAAGGGAGCAGAUCUUGGAUCAAUUGAAAAGUGAAAUUCUUACAAGUACAAAUGUAUCCCCAAACCAUCAGUACAUUUUCCAGCCAAUAUCUGCCUGUGCAAAACUCUACAUGAAUCCAUAUGCAGAAAGAGAGCUCAAAACGCCUAAACUGAAUUGGAACAUAGAAGUACAAAAUAUUGCCAUUGAACUGACCAAGCCUCAAUACUUAAGUAUGAUUGACCUCUUGGAGUCAGUGGAUUACAUGGUUAGAAAUGCUCCUUAUAGGAAAUAUAAACCUCAUUUACCACUUCAUACCAAUAGUCGGCAAUGGUGGAAAUAUGCAAUAUAUUCUGUCCUUGAAGUUCAUAUAAGAAGAUACACACAGAUGUGGUCAUGGAGUAACAUAAAAAAACACAGGGAGUUACUCAAGUGUUACAAAGUUGCCUACAAGAACAAACUAACCCAGAGUAAAGUCUCAGAGGAAUUACAGAAACAAAUUCAGGACUUGGAGAAAAGUCUGGAUGUUUUUAACAUAAUUUUAGCAAGGCAACAAGCAGAAGUUGAGGUGAUUCGGUCUGGACAAAAAUUAAAGAAAAAGUCUGCUGACACAGAAGAGAAACGUGGAAGUUGGUUUAGUGGGUUUUGGGGAAAGAAGGAGUCUAAGAAAAAAGAUGAAGAAUCAUUGAUUCCUGAAACUAUUGAUGAUUUUAUGACUCCAGAGGAAAAAGAUAAACUCUUCACUGCUAUUGGUUAUAGUGAAAGCACUUACAACUUAACUUUACCCAAGCAGUAUGUUGCUCACAUAAUGACCCUGAAGUUAGUAAGCACUUCUGUCACACUCAGAGAAAACAAAAAUAUUCCAGAAAUAUUAAAAAUUCAGAUAAUUGGCCUGGGCACCCAAAUAUCUCAGCGACCAGGAGCGCAAGCUCUAAGAGUAGAAGCAAAAUUAGAACACUGGUAUAUAACAGGUCUGAAGCAGCAAGAUAUUGUACCAUCACUUGUAGCUUCAGUUGGCGAUACUGCAUCAUCCUUAUUUAAAAUUGAGUUUGAAACCAAUCCGGAGGAGAGUCCUGCUGACCAAACUCUAAUCGUUCAGUCUCAGCCUGUGGAGGUCAUUUAUGAUGCUAAAACCAUCAAUGCAGUGAUUGAAUUCUUUCGAUCAAACAAAGGGUUGGAUCUUGAGCAAAUAACAUCAGCUACAUUGACUAAGCUGGAAGAAAUUAAAGAGAGAACAGCUACAGGACUCACACAUAUUAUUGAAACUCGAAAAGUCCUUGAUUUAAGGAUAAACCUAAAGCCUUCUUAUCUGGUAAUUCCGCAGACAGGUUUUCACCAUGAAAAUUCAAAUCUUCUCAUUUUAGAUUUUGGUACAUUUCAGCUCAACAGUAAAGAUCGAGGUUUACAGAAGACUACUAAUUCAUCUAUGGAAGAAAUAAUAGAUAAAGCAUAUGACAGGUUUGAUGUUGAAAUAAAGAGUGUGCAGCUACUCUUUGCAAGAUCAGAGAAAAAUUGGAAAAAGUGUCGAUUUCAACAUCCAUCAGCUAUGCAUAUAUUGCAACCCAUGGAUAUUCAUGUUGAGUUGGCCAAGGCGAUGGUAGAAAAGGAUGUUAGAAUGGCCAGAUUUAAAGUAUCAGGAGGACUACCUUUGAUGCAUGUGAGAAUUUCUGACCAGAAGAUGAAAGAUGUGCUGUGUUUGAUCAAUAGUAUACCUUUGCCACAAAAAUCACCUGCAUUGCCUCCAGAGAGACAGGUGCCCUCAAUUCCUGUUCUUUUUGGUGGGACAAAAGGUUUGCUCAGUACUUCUCUGUUGCUAGAUGGAGUGGAAUCAGAGUCUGAUGAAGAGUAUUUUGAUGCUGAAGAUGGAGACUCACACACGGCUAAAAGCAUCAAAGGGUCAGAACUGAAAAAAGCUGCAGAGGUUCCCAAUGAGGAGCUCAUUAAUUUUUUACUCAAGUUUGAGAUUAAAGAAGUGAUUUUGGAAUUUACUAAACAACAGAAAGAAGAAGACACAAUUCUAGUAUUUAAUGUUACUCAGUUAGGAACAGAGGCUACAGUGAGAACAUUUGAUUUAACUGCAGUGUCUUAUUUAAGGAAAAUCAGCUUGGAUUACCAUGAAAUUCAAGGUUCCAGAAAGAAGCCCCUUCACUUGGUUAGCUCUUCUGACAAAACUGGAUUAGAGCUUUUAAAAGUGAAAUAUAUUAAGGCGGAUAAGAAUGGACCUAAUUUUCAAACCACUUUUGAAAAAACUGAACAAACAGUUAAGGUGGCCUUUGCAUCUUUAAAUCUGUUGCUACAAACACAAGCUCUUCUCUCGUCUCUUAACUACUUGACCACCAUUAUUCCAUCAGACGGUCAGAACAUGACUGUCACCAAGGAGGUACAGAGUUCAGCUGAGAAACAAAAAAUCUCAUCUCUGCAGAAAGUGACAGUAUCCUCUAAAGAUAGUGACAUUAUUGGCUUUAGGCUGUUUGCCAAGUUGAAUGCUUUCUGUAUCUUUGUAUGUGAUGAGAAGAGCAGUAUCGCUGAAAUCAAGAUACAAGGCCUUGAUUCUUCCCUUUCUCUUCAGUAAAAGCAGACACUUUUUGCCAGACUGGAAAAUAUUAUUGUCACAGAUGUUGAUCCUAAGACAGUUCAUAAAAAAGCUGUGUCACUUAUGGGAAAUGAAGUUUUUCGCUUUAACUUGGAUUUGUAUCCAGAUGCUACAGAAGGGGAUUCAUAUGCUGACAUGUCCAAAGUGGAUGGUGUGAUAUCACUGAAUGUUGGCUGCAUUCAGAUCGUCUAUCUUCAUAAGUUCCUUAUGUCACUUCUGAACUUCCUGAACAAUUUCCAGGUAGCCAAAGAGGCUCUGAGUGUUGCCACGGCCCAGGCUGCAGAAAAAGCUGCCACAAGUGUGAAAGAUCUCGCCCAGAGGAGCUUUCGUGUUUCUGUCAAUAUUGAUUUGAAAGCACCAGUUAUCGUCAUUCCCCAGUCUUCCAUUUCCACCAAUGCUGUUGUGGUAGAUCUUGGGUUAAUUAGAGUUCAAAAUCAGUUCAGUGUGGUGUCUGAUGAAGACUCUGUAAAUCCUCCAGUCAUUGAUAGAAUGGAUGUGCAGCUCACAAAACUUAAGCUUUCCAGGACAGUGAUCCAGCCAGGUAUCUUCCAUCCUGAUAUUCAACUGUUGAACCCAAUUAACUUGAAGUUUUUUGUAAAUCGGAAUCUAGCUGCAAGUUGGUACCACAAGGUGCCCAUUGUGGAAAUCAAGGGACAUCUUGAUUCAGUGAAUGUUUGUCUAAAUCAGGAAGAUCUUGAUCUUUUAUUUAGAAUACUAGCAGAAAAUCUUGGUGAGGCUACCGCAGACUUGAAUAAAGCGAAACCAAAAGUACAAGAGACAGGUGAAAUUAUAGAGUCCUGUGAAAUCUCCAUGUCACAAGAUGUGUGUGCGUCACAAGAUACUUUAACAGCUAGAGUGGGAGAAAUCAGAUCUGUAGACAUCAUUAACAUACUGCUGAAUUUUGAAAUAAAGGAGGUUGUGGUUACUCUAAUGAAAACAGCAGAAAAGAAAGGAAGACCUAUCCACGAACUAAACAUCCUGCAGCUUGGAGUGGAGGCCAAAGUGAAAACCUAUGACAUGAUUGCUAAAGCAUAUCUAAAAAAAAUUAGCAUGCGGUGCUUUGAUUUCACUGACUCUAAAGGAGAACCUCUUUAUAUGGUUAACUCCUCGAAUGUAACCAACGAACCCCUCCUGAAAAUGCUGCUGAUGAAGGCAGACAGUGAUGGACCAGAAUUUAAAACUAUUCAUGACAAUACUAAACAAAGACUGAAGGUUUCGUUUUCAUCCUUAGACUUGGUUCUUCACUUGGAAGCUUUACUUUCCCUUAUGGAUUUUUUGUCAUCUGCUGUUCCAUCUUCUGAAUUGCGUUUUUCUGAGAAGGAAUCUGAGCUGAAACCACUUGUGGGGGAGUCCAGAAGUAUCGCUAUCAAAGCUGUAUCCAGCACUAUUUCUAAAGAGGAUGUGUUCGAUUUAAAGGUCACAGCUGAAUUAAAUGCCUUUAAUGUCUUUUUUUGUGAUCAGAAGUGUAACAUAGCAGAUAUUAAAAUACAUGGAAUGGAUGCCUCUGUUUCUGUAAAGCCAAAGCAGACUGAUGUGUUCGCCAGACUUCAGAAUAUUGUAGUUACAAAUGUUGACUUGCUAUCCAUUCACAAAAAGGUUGUCUCUAUUUUGGGAGACGAAGUCUUCAGGUUCCAGAUGACUCUGUAUCCAGAUGCCACAGAAGGAGAGUCCUAUGCUGAUAUAUCUAAAGUAGAUGGCAAAUUGAGUCUCAAAGUGGGCUGUAUUCAAACUGUUUAUGUUCAUAAAUUCUUCAUGUCUCUUUUGAACUUCCUCAACAAUUUCCAAACUGCAAAAGAAGCUUUGAGCACAGCCACAGUCCAUGCUGCAGAGAGAGCCGCCUCCAGCAUGAAAGACUUGGCCCAGAAGAGCUUCCGCCUUUUGAUGGAUAUCAACUUGAAGGCACCUGUUAUUAUUAUUCCUCAGUCUUCAGUAUCACCCAAUGCUGUUAUAGCAGAUCUGGGUUUAAUCAGAGUUGAAAACAAAUUUAGCUUGGUGUCCAUGGAACAUUAUUCUCUUCCCCCAGUCAUUGAUAAAAUGAAUAUCCAGCUCACUCAGUUGAAGCUGUCCAGAACUAUUUUGCAGACUGGCUUGCCACAGCAUGACAUUGAAAUUUUAAAACCAGUAAACAUGCUUUUGUCCAUACAACGAAACUUAUCAGCGACAUGGUAUGUGCAAAUUCCAGGGAUGGAGAUAAAAGGAAAACUAAAACCUAUGCAGGUUGCUAUCAGUGAAGAUGACUUAUCAGUUUUAAUGAGAAUUUUGCUGGAAAAUCUUGGAGAGGCUUCUUCACAACCAAGCCCCACACAGUCUGCACAGGAGGCAGUAAGAGUAAAGAAAGAUAUUCUGAGUGGGCCUGACCACCUCAAAGAACAAGAUUUGACAGACUCAAAGCCUUCUGUGGACCAGAAUGUCACUCUUCAAUUUGACUUUCACUUUGAAUCUCUUUCUAUUACUCUUUACAAUAAUGAUGUCAAUCAGGAGUCCAGACUUUCAUUUCAUAAUGACAGUUUGCGUCUUGGUGAGCUCACACUGCACUUGAUGGCUUCUGCAGGGAAGAUGUUCAAGGAUGGCUCAAUGAAUGUCAGCCUUAAACUUAAAACGUGCACUCUUGAUGAUCUCAGAGAAGGCAUUGAGAGAGCAACAUCGAGGAUGAUUGACAAAAAGAAUGACCAAGAUAACAAUAGUUCUAUGAUUGAUAUAAGUUAUAAACAAGACAAGAAUGGAAGUCAAGUUGAUGCUGUUCUAGACAAGCUGUAUGUAUGCGCCAGUGUGGAGUUUCUGAUGACUGUGGCAGAUUUUUUCAUCAAAGCUAUACCUCAGAGUCCAGAAAAUAUGGCAAAAGAAAUACAGAUUCCAUCAAAACAGGCUGCCACAGGGAAAGUCAAGCUAGAGAAAGAUGAUUCUGUAAGACCAAAUAUGACUUUAAAGGCCAAGAUCACAGAUCCAGAAGUGGUGUUUGUUGCCAACCUGACAAAGGCUGAUGCCCCUGCUUUGACAGCCUCCUUCCAGUGUAACCUUUCUCUGUCAACAUCCAAGCUUGAGCAGAUGAUGGAAGCCUCUGUCAGAGAUCUGAAAGUGCUCGCUUGCCCUUUUCUCAGAGAAAAGAGAGGGAAGAGCAUCACCACAGUCUUACAACCCUGCUCUUUAUUUAUGGAAAAAUGUGCAUGGGCCUCAGGAAAACAAAACAUAAGUGUUAUGGUUAAAGAAUUUACAAUUAAGAUUUCACCCAUUAUUCUUAAUACCGUGCUGACAAUUAUGGCUGCUAUGUCACCAAAGACAAAAGAAGAUGAAUUGAAAGACACGUCUAAGGAAAUGGAAAAUCUUUGGGGUGUCAAAUCUAUUAAUGAUUACAACUCAUGGUUUCUUGGUGUUGACAUGGCAACAGAAAUAACAGAGCAUUUCAGAGACGUAAAACAUCCCUUGAUAGAAGAAAAUUGUGCUGUUUCUGUGGAGACAGUUCAGGUUACCUUAGAGUGUGGCCUCGGGCAUCGGACUGUGCCUUUAUUAUUAGCAGAAUCUAAGUUUUCAGGAAAUAUUAAAAAUUGGACUUCCCUAAUGUCUGCUGCUGCUGACAUGACACUACAGGUUCACUAUUACAAUGAGAUCCACGCUGUCUGGGAGCCAUUGAUUGAGAGAGUAGAGGGGAAGCGACAAUGGAAUUUAAGGCUUAAUGUGAAGAAGAACCCAACCCAAGAUAAAAGUUUGAUGCCAGGAGAUGAUUUUAUUCCUGAGCCAAAAGUGGCAAUUCAUAUUUCUUCAGGAGAUACGAUGAAUAUAACAAUAUCCAAAAGUUGUCUUAAUGUUUUCAAUAAUUUAGCAAAAGGCUUUUCAGAGGGUGCUGCUUCUACUUUCGACUACUCUUUAAAAGACAGAGCUCCUUUUACAGUAAAAAAUGCAAUAGGUGUUCCCAUUAAGAUACAGCCCAACUCUAAUCUCAGGGUAAUGAGCUCCCCUGAGAAAAGUGAUGUUUAUGAUGUGAAUGCUGGCCAGAAUUUGGAGUUGGAAUAUGCUAGUGUGGAGCCCUCACGGCACGGGAAACUGUCUGUAUUGAGCCGACAAGAAAGCUCCUCCUUCACUUUUACCUUUGUACCACAUGGGUAUACAGAAGUUGCAAAUAUCCCUGUUGCCAGACCUGGACGGCGAUUGUAUAAUGUGUGGAAUCCCAAGGCCAGUCAUUCUGAUUCAGUCUUGGUACAGAUUGAUGCAACUGAAGGCAACAAAGUAAUUACCCUCCGCUCUCCUCUGCAGAUUAAAAACCAUUUCUCUAUUGCAUUUAUCAUCUAUAAGUUUGUUAAGAAUGUUAAGCUGUUGGAGCGCAUUGGAAUAGCCAGACCUGAAGAGGAGUUCCAUGUCCCUUUAGAUUCAUACAGAUGUCAAUUGUUUGUUCAGCCAGCUGGAAUCCUAGAACAUCAGUACAAACAGUCCACCACUUACAUUUCCUGGAAAGAAGAACUUCACAGGAGCAGGGAAGUGAGAGGAAUAUUGCAGUGUCCUUCCACAGAAGUCAACUUCUUGCCACUCAUAGUGAAUACGGUUGCUCUGCCUGAUGAGUUAAGCUAUAUAAGUGCCCGGGGUGAAGACUGGGAUCCAGCCUACAUUAUUCAUCUUUACCCUUCUCUCACUUUGAGGAAUCUUCUCCCAUAUUCUCUAAGAUACUUACUUGAAGGAACAGCUGAAACUUAUGAGCUAGCCGAAGGCAGUGCUGCUGAUGUUCUGCAGUCACGAAUCAGUGGAGAAAUCAUGGAAUUGGUCCUGGUGAAAUACCUGGGCAAGAACUGGAAUGGACAUUUCCGCAUAUGUGAUACACUUCCUGAAUUUUUUCUUGUGUGUUUUUCUUCUGACUCAGCAGAAGUGAUGACAGUUGACCUAUCAAUACAUGUCAGGAGAAUUGGCAGCCGAAUGGUGCUGUCUGUCUUUAGUCCCUACUGGUUAAUCAACAAAACUUCUCGGGUUCUCCAGUAUCGUUCAGAAGAAACUCAUGUGAAACAUCCAGCUGAUUUUAGGGAUAUCAUUUUAUUCUCUUUUAAGAAGAAGAACAUUUUUAGUAAAAAUAAGGUACAAUUAAAAAUUUCAACUAGUGCCUGGUCCAGUAGUUUCUCAUUGGAUACAGUGGGAAGUUAUGGCUGUGUCAAGUGUCCUGCCAGCAAUAUGGAAUAUCUGGUUGGUGUUAGCAUCAAAAUGAGCAGUUUUAAUCUCUCACGAAUAGUCACUCUGACUCCCUUUUGUACCAUUGUCAACAAGUCAUCUUUUGAACUAGAAGUUGGGGAGAUUGCAUCUGAUGGCUCAAUGCCAACCAACAAGUGGAAUUAUGUUGCUUCUUCAGAGUGUCUUCCAUUUUGGCCUGAAAAUUUGUCAGGGAAACUUUGUGUGAGAGUGGUAGGCUGUGAAAGAUCUUCCAAACCAUUCUUUUAUAACCGACAGGACAAUGGCACUUUGUUGAGUUUAGAAGAUCUGAAUGGAGGUAUCUUGGUAGAUGUAAACACUGCCGAGCACUCAACUGUCAUAACUUUUUCUGAUUACCAUGAGGGAUCUGCACCUGCCCUGGUAAUAAACCAUACACCAUGGGACAUUCUCACAUGUAAACAGAGUGGGUCACAGGAGGAAGUGAAAUUGCUACCAAGAAAAGCUCGACUCUUUGCCUGGGCAGAUCCUACCAGUACCAGGAAACUGACCUGGAGAUAUGCAGCAAAUGUUGGGGAACAUGACCUGUUAAAGGUAUCAGUUGAUAUGGAUAAGUGUUGCAUGAGUUGCCUAAUGGUAAGGAAAUAGACAGUCUAGCCUUGCUAAGUCAUCUUGCUUACUGAACUAAAAGUGAGUUGGAAGUAUUUUCAGAAUAAGUUACUGUCAGACUUUAGAAUGCAAAUAGUUUGUACUGAUAUCUUACCACUGAUGGAUCAAAAAUAGUUUAUAAUUUAAAAAAUAGGCUGUUCUAUCUUGUCCAAGUAAAGACUAGUAAAGCACUUUUCAAUUUAUCUUUUUUUUGGUGUCACUGGGGUUUGAAUUCAAGGUUUCUCACUUGUGAGGUAGGUACUAUACUGCUUGAGCUAUGCCUCCAGCCCUUUUUCUUUGGUUAUUUUAGAUAUUGGGUCUUAUUUUUUGCCUGGGCCAGCCUGGAUUGCAAU